GGCUUGAUAAAAUCAACGCCACCACUUUUGCAGGUUUGAGCGAAUGGAGAGCUCCCUCUUGCUUAGAUCCGCCUUUUUAGGAGUCUUGUCUUUGCUGCUAGCAAACGCUCAAGAUAACAUCGAAACAGUGCUGAACGAGACCGACUUCCAGGUCCAGCAAAUCGCGAAUCAAGCAAUCUUAAAUCGAGCCAAUACUUGUGGAAGUCUAUCGGAUUGCUCACUAGACACUUGCAAAAGGCGCCCUUGCUGGCCGCAGUCCAAGGAUGAGAUCCAAAAGCUCUCUUGCGUUCAAGUAUUCCGCAAUGGAGACUGCACGUCUCCGGCAAAUGGAACUUGCCAGAGCUUAAGCGUUUCAACUCAAAAAACAUACCUCAGAGUCCCACCCGAUCAAGACCCGGAGAAAGAUCGAGAUUUUCAGACGGUCUUGUGUGCUCAAAAAUCUCUAGACAAGAAGCUACAACAGGCCUGGAAUAACACGAAGAAGUUUUCCCUUGGCUGGGCUUUCUUUGGAGGGAUUGAAGGAUACUUGUAUGUUUACCCGGGCCGGGACUAUGUCGACAGUGGGCAGUGUGAUCUUUAUGAUCCAAGGCUCAGGCCAUGGUUUCUCAAUACUUUGGCGGUCCAAAAAUCGCUCUACAUUCUCUUGGACACCUCCACUUCCAUGAGCAAUCCCACUGGUGUUUUAUCCUCCCAAACCCGCUUUAAUGUUGCAAAUAACAUCAUUAACCAGCUGCUAAACACUCUCACUAAUGGAGAUCAAGUGGCUGUGUCAACGAUCGGUGGUGAGAAAAUCGGAGCUCCAGUUUCCGUAGUUCUUGACGUCCAGGAAACCUCUUUGUAUCUGGCUGGAAUCUCAUCCCUCAAAGAUUCCAUAAGCAACACAAGUGUUACAAACUCAGCCAGUAACAUAAAGAAUGGGCUGCAAGCGGCACUUGAUUUCUUCAACACCAGCUCCAACUUGAAUGUCAUAACCCUCUUCACAGAUGGACAGCUUGUCAUCCCUGGCAAUUUCAACUUCACCCAACUGAGCCCAGUUUUAGCACAGCUGAACGCGAGAAACGUUGUGGUGUUCGUCUACAGAAUCGGGUCCUUCACGUCCAACGAUGCCACUUUCCAGCAAAUGCAGAGCAGCCUCAACAUGAGCUACGAGGUCAUCAGUGACGACAAAAACCCGCUGCUCAAGAUCCACAGCUACUUCGACUACAUUGCAUGGCUUCGCUUUGUCGCUGUCAACAAGAAACCGAUUUGGGCGAGUCUGUAUGCCGAUUCUGCUGGCCUUGGCAAUGUCACAACUUCCAUCUUUCCAGCUUUUGAUGCAAAUCAACAGCUAAUUGGAGUUGCAUCGAUAGAUGUUCUUACUGAUGGGCUUGUCGCGGAGUUUGGCCAGCCUGCAGUUGAGACAGCUAUAUCUGAACGAUCACACUUUGUUCCUUCACUGCAAAAGCCACUUCCUCUCGCUCAAACACUCUCCAAUGCGACCAUCAGCUGUGACUUCCGUGGUAGCCUGGUUCCAAUCUGUCCAAGAGGCAACCUUUCCACGCCCAUCAGGGAUUUUAUAUGUUGUGGAGCUUGUGCCGCUACAGCCAGUGCUCCUCCUCCUCCUCCUCCUCAUCGUUCCCCAAAGAAGCCAACGGGUAAAGUAAUCGCUGGUAUCGCUGCGGGCGGAGUGGUCGCCGUUUGUGCCAUCUUCGUUUCCGCCGUGUUUUUGUGUCGUAAGUGCCGCAAAUCUCCAACUGAAAGCGAUAAUGACCAACCUCAAGAACCGGACUGGUUGGAACCAACGAGAUCUCCUCUGAAACAAAACUUGUAAUCGACUCCUUCAGAUCUCCAAAACUCGUCUUUUUAUAUACAUACUUUCGCACACAAAACAAGAGCUUUGCUUUAGAACAGAAAGAAAAA